GGCUACAUUUUUAACAAGCCUUACUAGCCAGGGAACCAUUAAUCAAUUUGAGAUCUCACCCGGCUUAAUUGGUCGUCACGGGACAGUUCAGAGGAGUCCUGUCUGCAGUAUGAGCGGCAUGUUUCAGGAGAUCUUGGCCUUUAUUUUAUCCACUUCUGGGUGGGUGCUGGUGUCUUCCACCCUGCCGACGGACUACUGGAAGGUGUCUUCACUUGAUGGAACAGUCAUCACCACAGCUACCUACUGGUCCAACCUGUGGAAGGCCUGUGUCACUGAUUCAACUGGUGUUUCCAACUGCAAAGACUUUCCCUCGAUGCUGGCACUGGAUGGGUACAUCCAAGCAUGCAGGGGACUGAUGAUCGCAGCCAUCUGUCUGGGUUUUUUUGGUUCUAUAUUUGCCCUUCUUGGAAUGAAAUGCACCAAAAUCGGAGGAACAGACAAAAACAAAGCCAGGAUUGCCUGCUUUGCUGGUGUAAAUUUCAUUCUUAGUGGCCUCUGCUCACUCUCAGCAUGCUCCCUCUAUGCACACCGGAUAACAUCUGAGUUUUUUGAUCCAAUGUUUGUGGCACAAAAGUAUGAACUGGGAGCUGCUCUCUUCAUCGGCUGGGCAGGUUCUAUCCUCUGUAUCCUCGGAGGCAGCGUGCUCUGCUGCUCCAUCGCAGGUUCUUUUAGCAAAAGCCACAGUCAGGCAAACUAUAUCUAUAAAGGUGCUGCCUCCCAUUCUCAUAUCUCCUCCUACCCGAGAGGGCAGGCGAAGUCUGUAAACCAGAGGCCGCCUCCGGACUACAGCAACUCCUCCAGGAUGCAGCACUUUGAUAAGAAUGCAUAUGUGUGAGGGAUGUGAAUAUAAAACACUUUUAGUUGAACCCGCUGCAGAGCCUUAAAAGAUAUACUGUAUAAUAAUUCUGAAAGAUACAGCAGACUGUGCCG